CGCCCCGCUAACGACAAACUAAAAGAUAAUCAAAAAGUUCAUGUGUGACAAACUUAUCUUUGUAAUAUUACACUGUUUAUUUUAUUCAAUAACAAGUCAAAACAUAUUAUGUGUGUUUGUAGAUUGAAAUCAAACAUUUAACUUAGUUGUUUAAAUACGUUUUAAAUAUAAAAUAAUAACAAAUAAAAAGUUUAUAAUGUCGUCAAGUGGUAGUAGUUCCUCACAAAGUCCACCAAAUAUGGCUUCAAUAAGUGAUGUUAGUGCUUUAUUCCAGACGGCUAAGAAAUAUGAAGAGCUAAAUGUUAUCGGAACAGGAGCUUAUGGAACAGUUUACAAAGCCCGGGACCUCCACAAUGGUGGUCAAAUAGUCGCUAUGAAAAAGGUUAAAGUUGCAUUAACAGAGGAUGGUAUACCAUUGUCAACAUUAAGAGAGAUAGCGUUAUUGAGACAGCUUGAAGCUUAUAGACAUCCCAAUAUUGUCAGGCUUCUAGAUGUAUGCCACGGCGGUCAGUCAGUGGAACGUGACCACCAGCUCGUACUGUUCCUUGUAUUUGAACACGUUGAGCAAGACUUAGACUCUUACCUCAAAAGAGCACCUGGACCACUUUCGGAGAAUAGGAUCAGGAGCAUGUCCUACGAUAUACUAUCUGGCGUGGAUUUCCUGCACUCCCACAGAAUAGUCCACAGAGAUCUGAAACCCCACAACCUCUUGGUGACUUCGACUGGACGUGUCAAACUGGCUGACUUUGGACUCGCUAAGACUUACGACACGGAGAUGAAGCUUACUAGUGUGGUGGUGACGCUGUGGUACCGUCCGCCCGAGGUGCUGCUGGGCGUGUCGUACAACACGGCGGUGGACGUGUGGUCGUCGGGCUGCGUGCUGGCGCAGCUGCACACCCGCGCUCCGUUACUGCAGGGCUCCUGCGACUCCGAGCAGCUGCACUGCAUCUUCCGAUUGAUAGGACGCCCACCUCGCCAUGAAUGGCCAGAGAACGUAUCGAUAGUAGCAGAUAGCUUCCCGGAAUACCCGGCUCAGGACCUCGCUGACAUCUUGCCAAGGAUACACCCCCACGCACUAGAUUUAAUUAAGGGUAUGCUAGUCUUCGACCCGGCAAAACGCCUGACUGCUUUGGACUGCCUCGAACACCCGUACUUCACUGAAGAACCGCUCACAUAACAUAGCUGACGCAGCUCAUAUACAGUCAGCAAAAAAAAAACCAAUUAUAAUCAUUUGGGGCUAAAUCGAACCUUAUACGCAAGAAGAGGGGGCUAGAGAAAGUGCAUUCGACAUUUGUCAAAGCGAUUUCAUCUACGCUUUCGUCGAAAUUAUUAAAUUCGUAGGUGGACGGUCAAAUGGGCCACUUGGUGGUAAAUGGUGAGAUCGCUUAUAAACAUUGGGGCUGUAAUGCUCCGCCAACCUUGGAAACUAAGAUGUCAUGUCCCUUGUGCCUGUAGUUAUUCUCAUAUGUACUCUUUAAAACGAAACAACAAUACUAUGUAUUGUUUUUCGCGGUAGAAUAUAUGUGAAGUAACCUACCCAGACAGACUUGCACUAAGCCCCACCAAGCAAGCAAUGUAAUAGGUUGCACGUGAUAAAUCGAUUUUUAAGUCAUUUCAUUUCUGCAAACGAAAUCAACACUCGCCAUAUGACUUCGUCUAAGCCCACAAUCAGCCAGUUAAUGUUCCACGACUGGGCAAAGUCCAUCAUCUUAAGAAGAUAAUGGAUUCUACCCAGAUUAAAUAAUGGUUUCCUUAACUAAGUUUUAUAUACAAUUCUGAUGACGCUUGCUCGGCUUCGAAUGUACCAUCUGCAGUUCAAUCUGUGGAGCCAUGUUGAAUUUUCAAGAAUUAGAAUUUCAUAAAUAGAUUUCAACCCCAUAUUUAGUAAUUAGUUAGAUAUUAAUUUAGCCCACCAAUAAGCUUACUUAGUUUUUAAUUAUUUUUUUAUUUUAACACUCAAGAUCAUGUUUAAUUAAGAUAAAAAACCGUAUGCGAUUCAUCUAGAGGCAGAUUCAGAAAUAUCGUUUGGAAGGGGCUUGUUCCCGUGAGAAAUAUAUUUAUUAGAGAUGUGCCGAUUAUAACUUGACUAGCCGUCUAAUCGGCCUCUUGAUUUUUGCUUUGCACAGAUCAGAGCGGUGUUUUGUGAAAAAAAUUAAGUGUUAUUAUUCAUUACAGUGAAAAAGUUUCAGAUAAUUAAAAUGAAGCUCAAGAGUUUGAGAGAAUUAAAAUAUAAUUAUCUCAAAAAUAGUCUCCCAUGUGGAUUUUUUUUACUAAUUGGAUUCAUGUAAAGUCAAGUGUAACAAAAGAUAAUUUCUCUAAAAUCCACUCUUGGCCGAGUAGUCGCCGACUACAACGCGGCCGGAUUUACCGACUAGUCGGAACAUCUUUAAUAUUUAAAAAAAAAAAAAAUCGUAUAAUAAUUUUGAAAUUCACUUUCACGAAUGAACUCCGAAGCUCUUUUGAGCUCCUAACUCUGAAUCCGCCACUGGAAUAACCGAUUAUAUAUUUCUUUAACGCACAAAAUUUGCCUCAUCAAUAUAUAUAAAUACAAAUAUGGCACCCACCGUCCGCUAUAUUAUAUACAGCACAAAAAUCUUAUUCAAUAUGGCGCUAUCAUUUGAACCGCCAGCUUAAACUAAAAAUGUGCUUUAUAAAAGUAUAAUAUUGUGUCAAUUAUGGAUAACAUUGAAUUUAACCAAAUAAGAAACUCAAUUAUAACUCGUAUAAGUAUUAUAAAAGGAUUUAUGGAUUACGACAUACACACAUACAUCUUUAAAGUAACUUACUGCGUGAUGUAAAUGAAAUUUCAGGGUAAAUCAAAUUGUCGUUUAUUUUGCUAACAUUUAACUUUUUAUUUAUUACAUAGUUUGAAAUGAUUAUCAAUUAAUAUUUCUUCGAAUAAUAAGAAAUAACAUACCGGCGAUACAUUAAAAAAUGCUUCUUUGAUUCAUUUGUAAUCGAAACAAAUAAAAAAAAACUAUGGAUCCUCGGUAAUCGGGCAAACGCUCUAAUAUAUAUAUAAAUUUGCUAAGUAAAUAUCCCACUGCUGCGAUAAGAGUCAUCUCUCGCCCUGAGAAGAGGUGGCCCAGAGAUAAUUCCACAAUGCGUCUCCAAUGUGGGUUACUGGUUAGAUUAAAGUGUGUGUCAGAACCACAUCUGAAGUAUGCAGGUUUUCCUACGACUUACCGCCGAGCACGAGAUCAAUUAUAAACAUGAAUCACAUGUAUUUUCAGUGGUAGUACCAAGGUGUGACCAGAAACGAGAAAUGCAGUCACGUGACCUAAGACGUAUUCGAUAUAUAUAAUAUAAAACAUACAAUCCUUUUUUAGGGACAGUUGCAUUUGUAGGGCGUUUGAUUAGUUAUGUCCUUUCCUGCAGAAAAAUAUUCAUACUACAUAAAACUUCGCCGAUGCAAAAAUUCAAAUCAUUUAUAAAAAAUACAAUAAUAAAAAAAAAAAAAACAUAUAAUUCAACAGAAGAUAUAGAGA